UGAUAUAAUCGUAAAUUCCAGGCCUCACCAAUUUAUUGUGUGAAUACACUCAGAGCCUACUGCAUUCGUAUCAUAUGCACCAUACAGCUGGCUAGGAAUAUCCAUGUGCGGUCCUAAAAGGGCUAGGUGGCUUAUUUAGAACGCCCCGAUGGCUUCAGCUUCUGAGUCCUACAGUUUUCCGCCAGCGUCCUUUCGUCCUCUUCUUGCUGAAAUUGCGACAUUACUGACAUCGGGUUCGAGUCCAGCCACUCUCGCUGUCGCCGAAACAACCUCAGGAGGCCUUAUCUCGGCCUCCCUGCUUUCAGUCCCGGGGGCUAGUAAGUGGUAUAUCGGUGGGGCAACCUUGUACACCACAAAAUCGAGGUCAGCUUGGUGUGGAUGGAGUGAACAAAAUAUCAAAGAUUACAGGGGUGCAACACCGGAAGUUGUGACAGGCUUGGCUACCCAUGUGUGCAAUACGCUCGAAGCCGCUUACUGUAUCGGCGAGUCAGGAGCAACAGGGCCUACUGUUCCUGGUAAACCAUUCCUUCACGUAGCAGGGAGGACGUACAUUGCAUUCGUUUCACGUGCAGGCGGGGUCGCAGUACGUAUGGUGGACACUGGGCUUGCUGACAGAGAAAAGAACAUGAUUGCAUUUACCGAGGCUGCUUUGCAGCUCAUACGUGACGUUUUAUCUGGUGAAGCGCAGCUGGAGUACGUUGAAAAAGAGGACGAAACAAAGCUCUGAGGUCAUGUAAAUUAACGUUGGACUAUAACUUUUCUUUGCGGUCGCAUCAAUUUGGAACUUUGCAAGUUCACGAUAUAAAACGCACCAAUUCAUCCUUGUUAUGGAAGUUAGUAUAUGCUGGUUUAUGAAUAUCAGUGUUUAUCGAAGAAAA